AUGUCUCAUACUCAACCAUCGCCCACCACGGGCGUGGCUCCUCACCAUGCCGCAGCGCAUCUCGCUCAUGCGCAAGCGCAGGCGCAGGCCAAUGGUCAUAUGUCCGCAAUUCCCGUGCAAGGUCAAAAGGGAGUCCCUACUCUCACCACCGCGCAAAAGAUCGCCACACUCAAUGAACAAGUCUGGCUUCAAAUAGGAAGCUUGACCGAAUUGAUGGGCGAUCUGGAGGGUGCGAUGAAUGCCUACGAGCAGGCUCUGCGUCACAACCAGUGGUCUAUCUCAGCGAUGAAUGCCAUUUCAUGCAUUCUCCGGACAAAGGAGCAGUUUCCAAAAGCAAUUGAGUACUUGCAAAAUAUUUUGAAGUUGGAUCCGAGCAAUGGCGAGACUUGGGGCAGCCUGGGCCACUGCCAUCUUAUGAUGGAUAAUUUACAAGAGGCAUACACCUCUUACCAGCAAGCCCUUUACCACUUGCGUGACCCCAAAGAACCCAAGCUGUGGUAUGGAAUCGGUAUAUUGUAUGAUCGCUAUGGCUCUCUGGAUCACGCGGAAGAGGCUUUCUCGCAAGUGAUGCGCAUGGCACCUGAUUUCGAAAAGGCUAAUGAGAUCUACUUCCGCCUGGGAAUCAUAUACAAGCAGCAGCAGAAGUUUAAUCAGAGUUUGGAGUGCUUCAAAUACAUUGUUAGCGAUCCUCCACGCCCUCUGACCGAAGAAGACAUCUGGUUCCAGAUUGGCCAUGUCCACGAGCAACAGAAAGACUUUGAAUCUGCCCAAUCCGCGUACCAGCGCGUCCUGGAGCGAGAUCCAAACCACGCCAAGGUUCUCCAGCAACUUGGUUGGCUCUAUCACCAGCAGAGUAAUGCUUUCCAAAGCCAGGAGAAGGCCAUUCAGUUCCUGGAAAAGUCGGUCAAUGCUGAUAACAAUGACGCUCAAAGCUGGUAUCUCCUUGGUCGUUGCUACAUGUCCAUGGCGAAAUACCCCAAGGCGUAUGAAGCCUAUCAGCAAGCGGUCUAUCGCGACGGCCGCAACCCUACCUUCUGGUGCUCGAUUGGUGUUCUUUACUACCAGAUCAACCAAUAUCGCGAUGCCCUCGAUGCUUACUCUCGUGCGAUCCGCCUGAACCCUUACAUUUCAGAGGUCUGGUAUGACCUGGGCACUUUGUACGAAUCAUGCAACAACCAGAUUGCCGAUGCUCUGGAUGCCUACGGACGCGCCGCAGAUCUUGACCCGAGCAACGUUCACAUCAAGGCUCGUCUGCAGCUUCUUCAAAGCCAGUUGUCUGCUGGCACGGCUGGACAACAGCCACCUUCUGCCCCCGCGCCUCAGCCGCAGGAUGUUCAUCCUCAGGCUUAUCAGGCACCUGGCGUUGGUGCACCUCCAGCUCCUCAGUGGGGUGCACCAGCCCCCAUCGGUCCCCCUCCACAAGCUCCUGCACCCCCGAGACAGAUUCCUGACUGGAACCGUGGGAUCAACGAGCUUCAGUCUCAAAAUCAAGCUCCCCCAUCUAACGGCCUUGACCAGCGCGACGCUCGGAUCCCCGGUGCUCCCGCUCAAAGCCCUCGACAGGAGCCUGGUCGGUCGUUCCCGGAUCCCCGUGGCGCGCCUCGCUCGCCAAAGAUGGGUGAUCCCAACUCCUACCCGCCGCCUCACACUCUACCCCAGCUUGGAAAUGCGCCUGGUCCAAGCCACGAACGCGCUCCUAGUGGCAGCAAUGCCUUUGGUGCUCCGCGUGGUGCUCUGCCGAGUGGCCUGCCCGUCGCUCCUCCUGGUCCCCCUGGACCUCCUGGACCCAAUGGCGGUGCUCCUCCCCCUCCUUACCAGAACCGCCCUUUCAGUCCUGCUCCUGAGAUUCGCCCUAUUCGCGAGGAGCGUCCCUCUUCGCCAGGUUCAGGAUACCCCCUCCAACAGUUCCACCCCGGUCCUACCCUCCCCCCACAAGUUCCAGGUGGUAACUCCAUCGCCUCUGGUGCCCCGGCCCCUGCUUCGGCUGCCACUGCUGCUGAGGCUGCCGCCCGUGAUCGCGAAGAUCGCCCCGCAUCUGCAAUGAAGCGCGGCCGCGAAUGGGAAGCUGAUGCUGGCCCAGUCAAGAAGCAUGCAAAUGAAGAGAGCCGGGCUCGUCUGGAUGACCAGAAUAACCGCCGCCCGAGCCCACCCGCUCGUUUGCCUUCUCCUGGUGAGAUGCAACGACGAAGCUCCUCAGAGGCCCGCCGCGAGGACGCCCGUCGUGCCAAUGAGAACUAUCACCCCUCAGAAGCUGCUCACCACCCUCCUACUCUGCCUUCGAUCCAAGACAUGCCUCCCCGUCCUUCUGCUGGCCCCAGUCUUCCCCCGAUGGCCGAGAGCUCUGCACCUGCACCUAACGCUCCCCCCACUGGACCUCCUUCCGCCAACACCCCGGUCAAGGAAGAAGCUCCUCGUCCUGAGGCUCCCCCUGCACACGAGCCCCCCGCGCGUAAGAUGGAUGUCGAUGAAGACUACGAUGAUGAAGUUGAGGAAGAGAAGAAGGCUGCUGCUUCUAAGGGCAGCCCCAACGGCAGCACUGCUGGCAACCCCGCCAAUGGUGCUGGAAAUGCCCGUGCCAGUACUCCAUCCAAGAUCGAGCCUACGGCAUAA